AUGCCAACCAAAGCCAACUUGGUGCGAAGAACCAUUAUUGAAGAUCCAUUAUGCGAUCGGUGCCGAGCUAAGCAUGAAACACCUUUGCACGCACUAUGGGAGUGUAGAGAGCUGAACACGAUGUGGGCAUCUUCUGGGCUGGAGCAUAUAAGAAGACAAUCAAGCUUCUCGGACUUCAAAGACCUUGUGGCUUCGCUACUGCAGCAGCAAACGGAAGUGGGACUAGAAGCGAUGAUUAUGUGGUCUAUCUGGUCACAAAGGAACCAGGUUCGGCUUAGACAACCUUCCACAUCACUCCAACAGAUCGUCCAACUCUUAAAGGACAGGUAUAGUGAAUUCCUAAACUGUCAGGUACCUACAACAGUGAGAGCAGCCCAUGUCAAGAAGAGAUGGAAGACUCCACCAGCGGAUUUGGUGAAAAUAAACUUCGAUGGCGCGACUUGCUCAGGCACCAACAAGUCAGGUCUCGGCGUGGUCAUCAGAGAUAGCAUGGGUCAAGUUUUGGCAUCCUGUUCCAAGGUGGUCAAUCAAGCGCACAAUAGCAGUGAAGUCGAAGCUAUGGCAACAGGCCUGGCGCUGUCUUUUGCUACAGAAAUUGGCGUGAAAAAUGAAGUUUUGAAAGGUGACUCAUUGCUGGUGGUGAGCGCUUUAACAGAUUCCGAGAGCUCCAUGUCUCACAUAGGACCUUUGAUCAAUGAUGCUAAGUACUACUCCUAUUCGUUUGAAAAAUUACUGUACUCUCAUGUAACGAGAGAUUGUAAUAGUGUUUGGCCAAACAUGCACUUAACAUUCAAGACUUUUUAG